GGCUGGAGGUGAAGGUUUACCUGUGGUAACCCUUAACACUCACCACAAUAACAUCAACAUGGCCAGGCUUCUCUCCCGCAAUAUUUUCCAAAGUUUUUCUGAUUUUGGUGGUUGUAGUGCACUAGUGAGGAAUGUGGCUGUGGGGAGGGAAGCAAGAUGGUGGAGCAAUGAAGCAUCACCUGCAGUGAAGGUCACAGCACCUCGCACAUCUCUUAAUCAACCUGGACUGCAGACAGAGGAGCAACUGGGCUUGUGGUACACUCUAGAACAAGAUAUAGCAAAACAACUCUUUGGAUUGGGUGGUAUUCCCAAGCAGUUUGCAACUCAGUGUAAAACAUUUGCCGAGACCUGCCUCAUGAUCCGUAAACCAGCACUGACUACCAUUGAUUACAUCAAGAAGACAAAUCUUGCUUUACCACCAAACAAAUUUAUACUUUAUGGUCGGGAAGGUGUUGGAAAAUCAUUGUCGCUGGUGCACAUCACUCACUUCCUCUCCCAGGAUAAUUGGUUGUUAGUGCACAUACCAUGGGCACCUCGCUGGAGAAGAGGUUUUAAGGAGAUAACUGCCUCAGCUAGUGCCUGCCGGUACGACCAUCCUCUGGAUGCUGUUAUCUGGCUCCAACACUUCAAGUCUCAGAACUCUCAGCUUCUCAAGACCUUGCAGCUUGAGACAAGUGAGGAGUACAAGUGGUCUCGGCGUGAAGUGACCGAGGCUGGGGCCCCACUCAUUGACAUUGUGGAGUUGGGAAUAUCCCGUGCCAGGUUUGCCUCAGACUGCAUCAUGGCUGUCACCACUGAGCUGAAGAAGCACGCUACUCAUCAAAGGUGUAAAAUUGCUGUUGUAGCUGAUGGCAUCAACACUUUCUUCUGCCUGACGUCACGCUACCGCUUGGAGGAUCUCACAUACUUGAACCCAGAAAAUUUCACUAUCUUUCAGGCAUUCAUGCAAUUAUUCAAUAAUAAUUGGAGAAAUGGAGUUGUAGUUGCAUCAGUAGACAGCUUAGCCAAUGAUGGGGCGCGACGAGAGUCAUACUUGCCACGUUAUCUGCUGAGACAGAAGGGAUGGGAGACAUUAGACCCUUUUAUACCUAUUCUGGUGUCAAACUACAAUGAGUUGGAGAUGCAGAGCAUUGUGGAUUAUUAUGUUGACCGGAAUUGGCUGCAGAACCCAGGUGCGUCUUCAGAUACUGGACGAAGGGAGUUGGCUGGGCUUAGUAGUUGUAACCCAUAUACCUUAAUGAAUAUUUGUAAUUCACUUUAAAUGAAUGCCAUUAAUGUGUAAAGAGCAGUAUGUACAGUUGUACAAUAAAAUAUAUAAAUACUGCUAAA